GCUCUCACGGUGCUUACUCUUUCAGUUUAGCGGGCAAACCGGCAUAACACACUUGUGUACGACUUACUCCCACAUCUUUGGCGGGAAUCGCGACGUACAAUCGUAACACAAAACCAUUAAAUUGAAUCUUAAGUGUUUAUCGUGAACGAUGCAUAAACUCGGUUCCCCUACACUUUGUCAAUGGCUCGCCGUUGUAAAUAUUUUGGUAGUACUAGUCAACGGCUCGUCUUUGGGGUCGAGUUGUCGCUCCAGCGCAGACUGUAGCGUAACAAACGCGCAUUGCACGCGCGGAGUAUGCGCCUGUCAACCAUACUACGCGCAGGUGGACGAGAAUACAUGCCUCCAGUCAACUCUUCUGGGAUCGGAAUGUCUGGUUUCAGAGCAGUGUACUCUGAAAGUUGCUUACAGCGCUUGUUUGGAUAACGUUUGUCGAUGUUCCGACGGUCACCUGCAGUUCAGGAAACAUACGUGCCUCUCUCCUGCACCACCUGGUCACGUGUGCUAUAGUAACGAGCAUUGUCGUUUGUGGGAUAAAGAAAGUCAUUGUGAAUUCGUGAUCCAUAACCUGUUUGGAAGAUGCGCCUGUAACCCAUUUUACAAGCAAAUUGGAGAGAAGUGUAUAGCUCAAAAAAUACCAUCGUAUGCCACAGAGGCUGUAAUAGUCGAGCAAGACGCAGCAGUAGGUCCGACUAAAGGAACUUUAAAACAGGAGUUGCCUUUGAAAUCAUCACUUCCCCCAAUCAAACUCGACUCAGAAGAGGACAUUAAAAAAUCAAACCCAUUAACGGACAAAGAUGUAGCCCCUAGUAAUUUGCCUAUGUUUUCAAGUAAAAAUGAUGUCCUUAGUACCCAAGAAGAUAGCCCAUUGAUGCAAGCCGUAAUGAAAGUACCAACAGUUGAACCGAGUAAACGGCUACCUGUUUCAAACAGAAAAGAUGGCGAACCAAAUGAAUUGAUCCGAGUAGAUGAAAUGACAGCAAACUUACAUGCCAACGAUCAACCAAUUUAUAGGGUUGUAACUCAGCCCUCAGUAGAAAAGAAAUCAAACAAGAAAGGCUCGUCAAAAGAACAAAUCAGCAGCAAAUUAAAAGGCGGUCAUCAGAAAAAAUCAUCGCUAAAAGAUAAAAAUCGUAUACGGGCGGAUGCUGUAUCACCGUCUGACCUGGGGCCCGCGUCUCUGGGGAUGCCCUGUUUCACAGACAAUCAGUGUCACAUGGUGGAUCUAAACACGCGAUGCCUGAAUAAACGAUGCGAUUGCGCGUAUCGAACCAAUUCCACCUCGGCUUGCUCGGCGCGCAAUCGAGGAUGUUUACCUGGAACAUUCCAAUGUCGUUCAACCGGUACGUGCAUCAGUUGGUACUUCGUGUGUGAUGGACGCAAGGACUGCCCGGAUGGCUCUGAUGAAACAUGUCAAGGUACUGGUAGAGAUGGUACAGGCGAACGUUGUCCAAUGCACUCGUUCCGCUGCGGAGGACCUGGCUCCCCUUGUGUAUCCAGAGCAUCCAGGUGUGAUGGCAAAGUGCAGUGUCCCGGCGGAGAAGACGAGAGAAAUUGUCGGGCAACUAAAAGGAGAGGUUGUCCGCGACACACAUUCCGCUGCGGGUCGGGCGAGUGCCUGCCCGAGUACGAGUUUUGCAACGCGAUCAUCUCGUGCAAGGACGCUUCUGACGAGCCGCCUCACCUCUGUAACGAGCAAUCAAGGUGGAGGGCGGCGGACUUCUGCCCACUAAGAUGCGGCAACGGCCGGUGUCGCAGCACAGCGGUAGCUUGCUCGGGUCGGGACGGAUGCGGCGACAAUAGCGACGAGAUUGCAUGCUCAGUCUGCAGGUGUCCAUCUCCUCCAAAGCUUCCGUGAGAUCUUUAAAGAUUUUAUUAGUGGAAAUACCCUAACAGAUCUCACCGCACUUCUGACGCCCGCGUGGAUGAAGCUUGUCAACUAACUGCCAAGAACAAUAUUAUAAUUAUUUAUACUUUUUAAUGCUUAGAAGUUAGAACCGAUUUUAUCGUUGGAUUUACGCAUCUACCAAUGUGAGAUACUUAUUAAUUGACGAAUAAGUAAUGUUCUGUUUUCUAACAGAAUUUUAUACAUCUGUUUAAGAAAGAAAUAUAUGCGUACAUAUUUUAUAGAUAUUUCGGCCUUUUUGCACCUUUUUCAGAAAUCUUACACACAGUUUCUGAAAUCCUGCUUUUUGAUCAAAUUAGUGAAUUAGCUGAAUCUCUACUUAGUAUAAAAUAAAGUCGCUUCCCUCUAUGCUUAGAUUUUUUAAUCUACACAAAGGAUUUUAAUGCGGUUUCACCGAUAGAUAGAGUGAUUCAAGAGGAAGGUUUAUACUUGUAGUUUAAUAUUGUUUUGUUUCAUGAUUUUACAACUCUAAACCCGUGCGAACCCGGAGCGGGUCUCUAGUAAUAAUAUAAUUUUUAAUCAUUUCUAAAUCGGGUUGCGAUAACUAUGUUACGGCAACAACAGAAUAUGACAUACUCUUCCGGGUUCCAUUUUCCCCACCUAAGUAAAAUAUUGGCACCUUCAAAAGAACAGUGAACAGGCGCAUCAACUACACUGCAUCAUCACUUGCAUUGGCACUCAAUCAGCAGUCAAUAGGUAGGUAUUGGAGUUUAAAAAAAAAGAUUAAUUAAUUUAAUGUAAUUUAAGGUUGAUUGUCCAUAGAUUCAGUGAUUUACUUAAAUUAAAUGUUUGACGCUUUUGCAACGCGAUCGAAAAUAUUCAAGCUAUUUUAGUUAACAGCAAUUUAAAUAACAACUCAGAAACUAGGUGUUAAUAUUAGACAAUGGUGAUUUAAGUAAACCGGCUAAUCACAAUCGUUUUUGCGCAAGAAAGCUGUUAGCUGUUGUCGAUAAAUCGAGAUUAUAUUUCUAAUAAUAAUAAUAUAUGGAAUUGAAAUGUUCUAAAAAAUAAUGUAAAUAAGUUGAUGUAGGUAAAUUGUAAUAACUAAUUUUAUUUAUAAUUAAACCAUAAAUUAUAAUGAACAAUAUGAACUAUAGGGCAUACCUAUGUGUGAUCGGUUAAAUGUCCUAACCAGUUGACGAGUUGUAGGGGAGGUCGAAUGCUAUCAAAAUAUCUUUGAGCGAAAAUGGCCCAUUAUUGAGUUGUUCAUCGUUUUGUGAUUUUCAGUAACAAAACGAAUUCUUAUAGUUAAAAAAACGAAUGCAAUUAUUUAUUAUUAACUUUCAUGACAUCCCAAUCAAUCAUAAUGAGCACUAAAAUUAAAAUAAUAAUCUUUAGAAAAUUUCUGAUUACGGCUCUGAAGACUGAAACUCUACCAUAAUUUAUAUUUCUAACAAAUAAGAUGAAAUUAGCCGAUAAAUUCACAAAAAAUGCGCACAAGAAAGAUUAUUCUUAUCCAUGAAAUUUUCAAAAAUCAAAAAAUAGGUCAUUUUCGGGAUAAUGUGAUAGAAUUAUCCCCCAACAGGAUUGUGACGUUUUACCGGUCACCCUGUAUAUUUGCACUACUUUCAUAGCUUCACUGAAAGUAGUAGGUAGUAUAGUUAUCUAGUAGUAUAAUAAAUAGAUUUAGAGCAAGCAUAAAAUCUAGGCUUUACCUACACGCUGCUGUUAGAAUUUAUUUAGAACACAAA